AGUGCUAUAUAAAAGGCUGGGCACCUCCCCAAGCUAAGGCUGUGUCUGCAGUGCAGCUUCUGCCCCUCUCCUCCCGGCCAGGUCUACAGUUGCCGCUAUGGCCAAUUUGGGCUUUUUCCAAAUGCUAAGGAAAAACAAAGAACUCAUUCCUUUGAUUGGUUUUGUGAGCUUGGCAGCAGGUGGGGCUCUAACUGCUUCUCUGUAUUCCCUAUGCACCAAAAGUGAUGUGAUUGUUAACAAGUCUGGCAAUCCAGAACCUUGGGAAAAUGUGAAUCCUAACAAGGCUCAAAAGCUUCUAUCGAUCAACCAGGAGUGGAAAUCCAUAGAGGAGCUGGAGAAGGUCAAAAAGAUGAUGAAGUGACAAGUUGCCAUUGCCUCAAAAAUGUACUCUAUGAAUCUAGUGGAAUCAUUUCUGCACAAACUCGACUACUGAAAUCAGUGUGCGGAAAUGCUUCUGCUACAUUUUUAGGGUCUCCCUACAUUUUUGGACUCUGGAUGAGGAAUUUCAUUUUGUCUUAGUGGUUACUUAGAACAUCCACACAGUCCAAAAAUAAACAUCUCUUUCAGGUACUCAUUGUUUCAACAGUCAUGUUUAACUUGAUGUACAAUGUUCAAUAUGCAGAGUAUUAAUGGGGUGGAAAAUCCUUCAUUCAUAUAUGAGCUUUUUAGAAUGCUGAAUUAUUUUUCUUAAAAUACAUAUAAUUUUGUAAAUUUUCUAAUAAAAUGGGCACUUACGUUUUUAAAUGUUUAGAUUUAUUCAAAAUUCCCUGUGACUUCAAAAAGAGCAGGAGCAAGACCAUAAUGAGUGUGAAAGUGUCAAUAUUCUUUUAAAAGAUCCUCUCCAAAAUAAGAACUCUGGUCUGUUGCUGCUUAGUUCUUUAUACCAUAUUUCAGUGAUGUGUGCUAAUUUUACCGAGAUGCUAUUUGUACAUGGUAGCAUAAAUGGUCACAGUAGAAAAUUUGGCUUCCAGUUCAGAUUUGGUGAGUCCCAAUCCUACAAAGACUUACACGUGUUCUUAACUUUGCACUGUGUCAGUUGUACGAUUGACUUCAGAGGGACUACUCAGUGCAUAAAUUUAAGCAAAUGUGUAAGUCCUUGCAGGACCAGGUCCUAAGACAAAUUAUCAGCACUUCAGUAUGAAUGAAACAAGAGCAAAUCUUUUGAAUUUGUAAGUUCCUGCUGUUUAUUCCUGUGAAAAUGUUAUUAAAGUAAAAUGAAGGUUAA